AAAAUGCACAAGAUGGUCCCUGUGAUCCUUUUGCUGAUGAUGCUUCUGGAAGUGGCCGAUUCUGCCCAGGGACGCUACGCCCAGAAGCUUCUGGGAGACUUGAUGGAGGACUACUCCAACGCUCUGCGGCCCGUGGAGGACACGGACAAGGCCCUCAACGUGACCCUGCAGAUCACCCUCUCUCAGAUCAAAGACAUGGACGAGAGGAACCAGGUGCUCAUCGCCUACCUGUGGAUCAGGCUGACCUGGAACGAUGCCUACCUCAAGUGGAACAAGGAGGACUACGACGGCCUGGAGGUGAUCCGCAUCCCCAGCAGUCUGGUGUGGAGGCCAGACCUGGUCCUCUAUAACAAGGCUGACGACGACUUCUCGGGCCCGAUGGACACCAACGUGGUGCUGCGCUACAAUGGAGAGAUCACCUGGGAUGCCCCGGCCAUCACCAAGAGCUCCUGCGUGGUGGACGUCUCCUACUUCCCCUUCGACAGCCAGGAGUGCAACCUCACUUUCGGGUCCUGGACCUACAACGGGAACCAGGUGGACAUCGCCAUGGCGAUGGACGGCGGCGACCUGUCGGACUUCGUGGAGAACGUGGAGUGGGAGUGCCACGGCAUGCCGGCCCACAAGAACGUCAUCAUGUACGGCUGCUGCUCCGACCCCUACCCGGACAUCACCUACACCGUGCUGCUGCAGAGACGCUCCUCCUUCUACAUCUUCAACCUGCUGCUGCCCUGCUUCCUCAUCUCCUUCCUGGCGCCGCUGGGCUUCUACCUGCCCGCCGACUCCGGGGAGAAGGUGUCCCUGGGCGUCACCGUGCUGCUGGCGCUCACCGUCUUCCAGCUCAUGGUGGCCGAGAGCAUGCCGCCUUCGGAGAGCGUGCCGCUCAUUGGAAAGUACUACAUCGCCACCAUGACCAUGAUCACCGCGUCCACGGCGCUCAGCAUCUUCAUCAUGAACAUCCACUUCUGCAGCGCUGAGGCCAAGCCCGUCCCACAGUGGGCCAAAGUCCUCAUCAUCGGCUACAUGUCCAAGAUCUUCUUCGUCUAUGAGGUCGGCGAGAACUGCACCUCCUCGCCCACCUCCUCCUCCUCCCACCUCCAGCUCGACGAUCACAGCCCGGGCCCCGACCCCGACCGGGCGGGCCGUAAGGCCGGGGCCGGCCACGGGGGUCACAAGGAGCCCAAUCACUCCCGGCACCCCAGACCCCAGACGCCAAGGGCCCAACACCUCCCCCGGGGGAAGCCCCAGCACCACAUCCCCCGGGAGGAGAGGGACCCCCUGUCCUGCUACGAGGACCCCGACCGCAAGCUCUGCUGCGCGGACGAGCAGAAGCCCCCCUGUUGCCCCGAGGACCAGAAGCCCCCCUGCUGCCCCGAGGACCAGAAGCCCCCCUGCUGCCCCGAGGACCAGAAGCCCCUCCCUUCCCUGCUCCUGGGCCCCGCCGUGAUCUUUGGCCCCUGCGUGUUCUGUAGUCAUGGCGACGGCAUCCCGGGGGUGGAGCCCAAACUGGUGCGCAACGUGGAGUACAUCGCCAACUGCUUCCGCGAGCAGCGGGCCACGUGCGCUAAGGGGGCCGAGUGGAAGAAGGUGGCCAAGGUCAUGGACCGCUUCUUCAUGUGGAUCUUCUUCGCCAUGGUCUUCCUCAUGAGCAUCCUCAUUAUGGGCAGGGCGCCGUGA